AUGAUUGCUGAAUUUGUGCAACACGAAGGCAACCAAUGUCUUCUCAUACAAGAUGACUGGGAUCUCACGGUAGGUAUUGUCGUUCAGAGCGCCGCUCAGAGAGAGAUUUUUGCUCGAUGGGGAGAUACACUCGUUCUAGACUGGACCCACAACACUAACAACGCCGAGGGUACUUUGUGCCCUUAA